GAGAGGGAGCGGGCAUGACUGCUCUUGGAGCUCUGACAGGAAACUUUCUUGUUGUUGCUCCGCUCCUCAGCAGCAGCAGCAGUAGUCGUUUACCAUCUGAAAUGCACUUGCCUGGACUCUGCGGAGUUUGUGAGACUUUUGAAGCCAUGGCUCUCCAUCUUCUUUUACGCACAGCGCGUCACUGAAGAACACCGUAACCGUGAACUUUUCCGGGAUAAACGUUGGAACUUAAUGACAUUUCUUUGCUUUUAACGCACGCUAGAAAUGAGGAUGGAGACGGUGUUUUACCUGCUUGCCUUCACGUUGGCCCGGGUUAGCUGGGGUCUUGGAUAUUCGGAGUCCAGUGUUCAGACGGGACAGAGAGCGGCGAGCAGACACAGGAACUGGUGUGCUUAUGUGGUGACACGCACUGUUAGCUGUGUGAUGGAGGAUGGGGUGGAGACGUACAUCAAACCAGACUAUCAACGCUGUACCUGGGGUCAAUGUCCUCGAGUUGCCUACCGGACAUACAGGAGGCCAAGGUAUAAGGUAGCUUACAAGAUGGUUACAGAAAUGGAGUGGAAGUGCUGCCAUGGUUAUUCCGGGGAAAACUGCAUCGAUGGGCCAAAGGGAACCACCGACACUCAGGUCAAUGGAGGGCAACCCCGUGUCACGCAGACUGGCUACAACACAGGCGGCGGACAGAGAGGAGAAGGUGGAGAUGGUGACAGUGAGAAGAUUAAACAGCUGGAGGAAACAAUCCGUGGUCUGUCCAAAGACCUCCACAACAUGCAGACCACCAUCCACGGCAUAAACCAGAGGCUGCCUGGUCUGAAUGGGGCAAUUGUUCCCGCUGAUUCAGCUCAGCCACACAUGAAGGAAACUAUCAACAGUAUCCAGACCAAGCUGGACCAUCUCUACAACAGGACAAGGGUCCAUGACCAGACCCUGCUCAACAUCAACAACCACCUGGUAAAUGGAGGGGGCAAUGAACUAGAUGGAGUGGGCAGAGGAGAAGGAGGACCUGGGGGAAAGCAGCUAAAUACUCUAAAGGAGGAGAUACUGACGGAGCUGGAGAGAAGGGUGUCUCUGUCCUGCUCCGCUUGCCAGGCUGGUGUAGAGGACCUAAGGCGCCAGCAGCAAGAGGACAGGGAGCGGAUCCAAGGUCUGGAGAAGCUGAUCAGCUCCAUGGACCAGCACCUGAGGCAGAGCCUGGACAUAUCCCACAGUGAGACACAACGCUCCCAGGCCUGCUGCAACACAGUCACUGAGCUGGAGAACAGGCUGUUGGGUCUAGAGGUCCGUGUCACCUCGACAGCUAACAAGUGUGACACUAUUAAAGGGCGGCUGGAUAAGGAGCUAGCUGGGACAGGUGGAGGAAAGGGAAGAGUGACAGAGGACAGGUUGAAUGGCAGACUGAGAGAAUUGGAGAAGAGGGUGAAUAACACGGUAAGGAAGACAGAGCAGAGGUGUACUAACACCGGGAACAACAUGAAGGACAACGUCCAGAGGGACGUCACACAGCUGCGUAACAUGGUCCUAAGUCGACUGGACGACCACAGCUUCAAGAUCGGCAAAAUAGAGCUGGACGUGGCUGUUCUCGGAGAUACGGUCACUGACCACAGUCGGCGUUUAAAUCAGCUGGAGAACAUCACAACCUUCCUGGACAGAAGGCUAACAUCGACCACAAACAUGUGCAAUGAGACCUGCGGGCUGAACGGAAAAGGCCGUAAGACUGAUGACACGGUGAAAACCUUAGAGUGGAGAGUUGUGGCCAACCAAGAGGACAUCCAGAAGUUUAACACCAGGUUAAAUGAUUUGUCCGUGUCAGGGGACUCGCUGAUUGACAGAGUGAUCAACUUAACAGACAAUGUCAAAAAGAUAAUAGCUGUGACGGGAGAGAGCGGCGAACAUUUCAACCGGAUUGUCACAGAGGUUGAAACAUUGGGCCGUGAUUUUGAGGACUGUUCUAUUUGCAGCAGUGUAGACGAGGACUUGCGCUCGCUCGCCAACUCCACCGAGAUCGGUUUCAGCAAGUGCCAGUCAGAAUUGACAGAUCUGCGGCGAAAGGUCGACUCAGGAGAAUCUGUCUGCUCUCAGGUGUGCUCCAACCUUCAGGAGGAAGUGGGACGACUCAGAGAGGAAGUGGAGGAGUGUACCGGACAGUGUAAAGUCAACAUCAAUGAUCUGAAAAAACGCUUGGACGGUCAUGGUGUCCACAGUGGAAGAUUAGGAGGAGAUCUGAAGUCCAUUCAAGGAGAGCUGGCUGGGGUCAUGGUCACAUUUAACUCCAUCAAUAACACUUUGAAGGGCCUGGGAAGGACUAUACAGACACAUGGGAACACGCUGACUGAUCUGACCAACACCAAGGACAACAUAUUCUCAGAGGUGGACAAUUUGCAGAAGGAGCUGACGGAGCAUGUUGACGACUCGAAGAUUCGAUUCGGAGGUCUGGGCAAAGAGAUCCAAAUAAUUAGGAGCAACUUUGUGACGGAGGUGGGGGAGUGCCGGCGGUCCAGCGAUGGCUUGGAGAGAAGACUCUCCAAGCUGGAGGGAGUGUGCGGACGCUUCGACUCUUUUUCAGAUAGCCUGGAGAGGAUCAAGGAGGGCCUGAACCGACAUGUGUCUGGGCUGUGGAGCUGCGUUAAUGGACUCAAUGUCACAGUAACGUCUCAAGGAGAUCUUAUCGACAAUAUCCAGAACGUCCAGCUGGAGGACGUCCAUUCCAACAUACACAGACUGAAUUCCUCAGUGGUGGACUUGGUCAAGGAGUUCCACAGUUUCAUAGAGCAGAACUUCAUGGGUCCACCUGGUCUACCGGGCACCCGUGGAGAGAGAGGCGAGCAUGGAACCCAGGGUCCUAUGGGACCCCAAGGGAUUGUGGGACCUCCAGGCAGAGAGGGCAAGCAGGGACUAACUGGACCACCAGGUCUCAGAGGUGAACAGGGUCUUGCAGGGUCUGAUGCCCACGUUCCUCGCCUUUCUUUCUCUGCUGCACUGACUCGGCCGAUGAGAAACGCAGGAACCAUAGUGUUCAACAAGGUCUUAGUCAAUGAAAAUAAUAACUACAAUCCCAAGACAGGUUAUUUCACAGCUCCAGUGAGUGGGAAGUACUUCUUCAGCGCCAUACUUACGGGCCAUAAAAACAUGAAGAUCGAGGCUGUGUUGUCCAUGUCCAACACUGGUGUGGCCCGAGUGGACUCAGCUGGAUAUCAACCUGAAGGCCUGGAGAAGCCCAUGGCGGAGGCCAAACACAUCCCUGGAGCUCUGGCUGUCUUCAACAUCAUCCUGCCCAUGGAGGCAGGGGACACAGUCUGUAUCGACCUCGUCACUGGCAAACUGGCCUACUCGUCUGAACCGUUGACCAUCUUCAGCGGGAUGCUGCUGUACGAAACCAUCUGAUUUGAUGUGGUCUCAUUGUAAUCAGCCUCUCUCGGUGAAACGUUCAACAUGAGAGCAUUUCAUUCGUCCACUGGACUCUAAAAAAAAGAGCCACUGGCUGAGCAUUCAAAGAGACUGAAAUAACUGGACUGAAUUCAGCAAAGAGAAAUAUACUUUAUAUAGGACAACAAAAAAAGUUAUUUUCAAUCACAAUAAUUUUUUGUGUGUUUCACAGCUUUAAGGAAAACUAUUUGUGCAAAGAGCCCUUGUGUUUUUUAACCUAUGACGUGCUGUCUUCAGAAAAAGCCACUGCAGGGUUAUUUUAUAAUUCCAUAUUUCAUGCUGUUCUUUAAACUUGAAUUUUUUACCGAUUACACCAAGAUAGCCUUCAGGUCUUUCUUGUGUUAAUGAAAGGACAUUUAUUCAAAAGAAAAAAGAUUAAGGAUGUGGGGGUCUUUUGUUGUUUUGUGUGUAAUCCACUCAAAGCAUAUAAAAUGGUCAGAGGUUAUUUCAAACAGUUUCUAAUGUUGUUUCUUUUCUACAUAUUCACAGUUUCACUUUGACCACAAGCUGAUUCCCAGAAACACAACAAUGAAUGCCAAUUGUCUUGGAAAAAAUGCUGAGUGAUGUAGGCGAAGGGUACACAGUCCAAACCACUAUUCUUUAGAAGGAAAUGCACAAAUGAAGUCACUGACAGUUCAUUCGAAAAACCACAGGAUUUUAUAAAUCAUACAACAGCAAAACAAUAAGACCAUUUUAGGACAUUAGCUAUGCCCAGAAACAUGAGGGGAGGAGGAAGGUGGUCAGGGGCAAGAAUGGGGAUUUUUCCCCUCUGUCCUAAUAAGGGCCAUCUAAAGUUGGAAAAGGAUCAAGUAGUUAAAGUUAUGAAGCUGUUACUAUCAUUUUUGUAAAGCUAAUAAUAAUACAUAAGGAAGCUGAAUCCUUGUGUCUAUGCAACAAAUCCCAUGUCUUUCAUGAAUACAAACACUUCCUGCCUUUAGAAGUCUAAUUAAAAUAUCUCCAGAAGUGGAAAAUGUGCAUGAUAUCAAGUUUGUAGAUAUUCUUAAAUGGAAAUUAAAAGGAACAUUUUCUGCAGAGACAAUACAGCAGAUUGGCUGACAUAUUGCAUUAUAUUUACAUUAGGGUGGAAGAAAUACAUGGAAUAAUAUCAGCAUAUUAAGGUUUGCUCACAAUGCAUAUUUCUUUCACAGUUUAUCCUCAGUGUUCAGUGUGGGAAUGUCAUUUUAUAUGUUUCUAUGCAUUGUAUAACCUUGAAGGAAUGUAAAUAUUUUUCAGCGGUUUUGCCCAUAUAAGAUUUUUACGAGUUACCACUUCACCUUGCAGAUAUUGUAUAUGUUUUGUAUGUGUUUGCCAUAUGUGUGCCUCAAAUACAGACACCCUGUUUUACACAGCUGAUUUCAA